GGGCCUCGGAUUCGCAUUUCUGCUGGGCAUAAAGGCCCAGGCUGCCCACGUGGCCAGGGAUGCCCCGCUUCCUCUGAAGACUGGGUGAGCGAUUCGCAUUCUUACACACGUUUCCAGUCUAGAUCAUGAUUUCUGUAUUUGCACGUGCAGAAUUAAGAUCUGACCCACUCCAAAGAGGGUCCAGGUGAUUAGAACAAACGCUUCACUGCCCGGUGACUUGUUUCUCCCUGUAGAGUCAGGUGGCAAUUAACAAAAUGUAACUAACAAAGUUCUUAGCUUUAGCGAGUAAGUGCAAUCCUGAGACAUGGUGUUAAGGACGUUUUGUGUUAAAAUGCUAUGUUUCAAGGUACACUUCCAACCUUGGCUACUCGGGCUUGUUCACGAGACGAAUCAGAUUUCAUUCAAGUAUCUGUUCCAGAUGUCUGGUUUUAAGAAAGAUUUAUGUUAUCAGAAGAGGAUUGGAUGCUGUCAUCCCUCAGUUGCCUUCUCACUCUUUAGCUGCAGAUGUGUGCUUUCAUAGGGCAGAGAACAGGCUUUGCUCUCAGCACCUGAGUGCUGAGUUUUCUGGAAACACAACUGCACGACUCUACCAUUUGGAGAAUAAUGACUAGAACAACAAGAUACCCUGAAGUUAUCAGUGUUCAGGUCAGGUAAAAAUCUAUGUUCUCUUAAGGUCAGCUGAAAUGAAGAACAGAAAGUAGAAAGCAUGGGUUUGAGACUUUUUUGGUUUUGUUGUUGCUGUCAGAACCAACCCGGAGAUCAAAUUGGUUCUGACACCAUUCUUAACCAUAACAUCAAUGGCAUUUUCAAUCUAGUAUCUCCUAAAUUAUUUGUCUUGUCAAUGCUGGACAAGUACCUGGGAAGCAGCAACCCUGACGUACAUACAGAAUGGGGGAUGCAAUCUUUGGUCUCAGAACCGGAGUGCUGAAUUUUAUUGAAACACAACUGCAGGACACUACCAUUUGGACUUCCCAUUGAAUUUCCCAGUAAAGUAGACCUUUAUGUAUGGACCGUGAGCGUUAUUUCCUCUUGAGCCAUCCCAAAGGAAUUCAUGAAUCUUACUUGCACCCACUCCCCGCAAGUGGCAUGCAGCACUCAGGCAUUUGGAAGCUGAUAAUGGAAGAUAUUCCAGGAAAGCGCCUGCAAAGGAGAAUGCUGACAGAAGAGCGAUGAGUUGAAAAGGCAUUCCUGAAGCAAGACGAGGGGAAGGCCAAACCCAAUUUCUACGCAACACAUUAGUGAAAAUGCUACAGGUUAAUGCUGAAGAAACAGAGGAAACAGAUGAACAAUUAGAGUUGAUUUAAUCGGAGAAAAAGAAAGACCUGUGCGUUAGCGUCAAAUGUGAAGCAUAAAUGGUGGACAGGAGUGAAGGGCAAGAUACGGUAAAUCAGAAACAGGGAAAAGGGGUAAUAUCUCAAACAUGGGUGGGGGCAGUGGGGGCGGGCAGCCCAUGGCGACGUCCCCAAGCCACGGACUGUGACAUCAUCGAGCGACAGACUGUGACUGCUUAGCCCUCACUGCUCAUAGUGGGGUGCCGCCAGAGCCUGGCUCAGUCUGGCUCGUUCCUGGACCGUGCUGAGCAGCUCUGCGAGGCUUUGAAGGUCGAGCAAGGUUUUGGCUGUGCUGUGCUGGGUCGUGCCUGGGGCUGCUUGCAGCAUCUCAGUGCCUGACCCCGCAGCAUCGCUUCUGUUUCCCUGGCCCUGCCCCGUGCAGGCAGCCAGGGCCCUGCAGAGUGCACCCGCAGCAGCGGAGAGUGCAACACCACCGCUGCAGCUCCGGCGAAGGAGAACAACUGGUCAUCCUCAGUUCUCCCAGCCCGCUGCAGCGAGAAAGCCAUGGCCGCAGAAGAGGCAUGGACAUGCUCCAUCUGCCGCGAUGUGCGACAGGACGUCGCCUACGCCGUUCCAUGCAAUCAUAUGUUCUGCCUCGGCUGCAUCCAGCGGUGGGCGAGGCUGAAGGACAGCUGCCCGCUGUGCAGGACGGCCAUGAACACCAUCCGCGUCUCCGUGCGGGGAGACAAUGAGUACGUGGAGUGCAUCGUCUCCCCGCCCGCAGUGCCAGUGCCCGUCGGCUUUGGCACCACCACCGGCCCCAGCGGCACUGCGGCAUCUGCUCCACCGUCUGCACCACCGUCCCCUGAGCCCAUGGCCGUGGAGCAGGAGAGAGUGGGCGGCCUCCUGCCAGAGGUCUGGGCGGCACUCUUCAGGGAGAGACAAGACAUCCUCGACCCGGUGCUGCCCUGGCUGGAGCAGGAGUUACGUCACCACGGGGAGCAGCGCUGGUGGAAGAUCAACUGGCUGAAAAGCAUGAUCCUGGCAUUCCUGUGCCAGGUGGGGCCGGACAGGGACAUCCUGGUGCAGUGCACAGAGCACGCCCUGGGGCCCAUCACCGCACCGCUCAUCGACGCUCUCGUCACAAGCAUCGAGAGCCGGUGCGGCCAGCGGGCCCGGAGGUUCCUGGGCCUCGAAGACCCCAGCGCUGCCCAAGAGCAGCAGGACGGGCCCGAAGACCCCAGCGCUGCCCAGGAGCGUGAGGACGGCCCCGCGGCCCCGUCCGGUCCCGCCGCCUCCCCGCAUGGGGCCGUCACCCCCAACGCCACACCAUCCAGCUGCUCCGUGGGUCCCGACGUGGAGGAGCUCCCCAGCACAUCCAGCGGGGCCAUCAGCACAGGGCCUGCUGAGGAGCCGGCUCCCGACGCAGCCGGUCCCUCCGAGCAGCUCCGCAGCCGCGGCCCCUCUGCUCGAGGCCGCGUCAGGAAGCGCUUGGCUGGGGGACCCCGGCGCCCCACAAAGAGGAGGGCCGGCAGCACCCAGCGCGCUCCUCCGCCCUGCAAGAGGCGGCCUCCCCGGUCCCUCUAGCGGGGCUUGUCCGCCCUUCCAAUAAAAGAUAAAAUCGUAAAAGCACGCGUUGUUUCCAGUGUCCAUCUUUUGGGACGAUUCACCCUUCACGCACACGCCCGUACCCCCAACACUGUGCCACGCGAGAGCCAGUGCUCUCAGCACCCUUACUGCUCUUUUCAAAUACCUGAAAGUUGACCUCAGCAUAAGCAGGGUUGGGCUCUCCUUGCUGGUGACAGGAUGAGGGGAAAUGGCCUCAAGUUGUGCCAGGGGAGGUUCAGUCUGGAUAUCAAGAAAAACAUGCUUACAUUUCAUCUUGGAACUUUUGCAAUAUUCUCGCAGAGUGGCAACUUUAUUUCAAACAAUCUAUAGUCAUGAUCUUUUUUCUAGCACAAGAAAACACUGAUCUCGGGGUGCCAGUUUUGUUUACUCUUGUCCUAAAUUUAAUCCUCUCUACGCUCAGACAUAAUUCUGCAUGAAAACAAAAGUCACUGUUACUUGCUGGUUUAAAUAAACUGACAUCAGAGAAGACAAGAAAGCCCAGACAGGAUUCAUCUGAGGGCUCGUUAGCUAGCUCCACGCAUUUAACUGCAGGGCAUCCUUUCCUUCUGCUCAGUAAUGAAGGCAGAUCACGGUACGUUCCACCUCUCUCCUCCGCCCUUUCAACCUUGCCGGACUGAUUGCUUCCUUAUGCAAAUAAGCAAAAGAUUCUCAAGUUCACACUCUCUAAGAUUUUGACUAUGCAACUCCUGGAUCCUUUCUUGAAAUGCCAGCUGCCAUACAAAGCAGCUUAGCUGGAAAGAGAAACUUUUGCUGUUGUUUUAUUAUGUUGAUCAAAUGCUGUUAGAUUUGACAAUAUUUAACUCGCCUAUGUUAGCCAGACGUGUGAUAUCUAAAUGGGGAAAGCAAACGUGGUUUAAAAAUCAAUACUAUCAGAUGUAUCUGCAUGCAUGUGUCAGCAGUUUACGGGCUGGUUCGGCCC